UACUUACUAAAUCCAUGUAUUUUAAGAACAUAACAAACAAAUCUUGUCUGUCACUCACUAUCACAUAACCAACAGAAAGAAAAUUAUAAUACUGAUACAUCUACUGGGAAAAAAUUACCCAAAACUCAUAAAAAUAUGAAUACUAUGUGUACAAAUAUUGUAAAUAUUGCUAGAAAUAACAUUUUAUGUAAAAGAUAUUCCACCAAUAACGCUGCUAAAAGCGGUGUUAAUUAUUGUGCCAGUGUUGUAAGACAGCAUGACUAUGAAAAUUUUUUAGCUACACUUUUGAUGACAAAAGCUGUACGUUCACCAGCAUUUGUUGUGAGAGCAUUUAAUGUAGAAGUUUCUAGAAUACAAGAUCAAACUUCUGACCAAAAAAUUGCUGAUUUUCGCCUUCAGUUCUGGCUUGAUGCACUUAAAGAUAUAUAUUCACCAAACCAAUCAUUGAAAAAUAUUCCAGCGAACCCUGUGGCCCAAGAGCUGUAUAAGGUUUGUAAUGCUUAUCAACUGCCUAGGAGGCAUUUAGAAAAAUUGAUUGCAUCCAGAGGUAUAAUGAUGAAGAAUAAAUUUUUCCGAAACAUGGAUGAUGUGGAGAAAUAUGUAGAGGAUACCGUAUCUUCUGUUUAUUAUCUUAUUCUGAGUAUUGCCAAUGUUAAAAAUGUACAUGCUGACCAUGCAGCCUCACAUCUUGGAAAAGCUCAAGGAAUAGUUAACCUACUAAGAUCUCUAACAGUAUCUAGUCAUCAUAAAAUGGUAUCUUUGCCUAUGGAUAUUUUAAUGAAAAACGAUGUUAGCCAAGAAACUGUAUUGAGAUGUAUAGACAGUGACAAAAUGAGAAAUGUGGCCUAUGAAAUAGCUAGCAGGGCAAAUCACCAUUUGACAAAGGCAAGAAGCAUCUCGGUACCUAAAAUAGUCAAUCAAAUCUUCUUACCUGCAGUAUUUACUGAUGCAUAUCUCCAAAAGUUACAAAUGGAACAUUUUAAUGUUUACAGUAAAGUUUUACUGAAUAGAAGCCCCACUUUGCCAUUUCAGCUUUACUACAAAAGACUAAUGAAUACAUAUUAAGAGUGUGUGUACUUUAAGAUUCAUUUUUAUUAUGAAGUUGUUAAUGUAUUUCUAGUUAAAUAUUUGAAUAAAUGUGAUAAGUAUUUUAAU